AUGUCCAGACUUCUCACCCUCGUUCUGCCUUUGCUGGCCUUGCCAGUUAUCCAAGCUUGCCCGACAAAGUAUCAUAACGCUACUACGGCCUGCGCCCAGGUGACCGGGAAUCAGACCGUCAACUCGUUCCAGCUUGUCCUAUACAACGCCAGCGUCGCUGCCUGGAACCCUACCACGUCCGAAAUCCAGACCAUCGAGAUCCCAGGCCUGAGCUUCGACCCCGAACUGCACUCUAGCGGCGUCCGCGUCGACCCCCUCGACCGCCUCUCCAUCAUCAUCGACGCCGGCUCCGCCUUCGACACUGGCGGCCAGAACAUCACGGGCGACAACAUCCUCGUCAAGUACGACCUCACCAAGAAGCAGGUGCUAUGGCAGCGCAACCUGACCGAGGUCACUGGUGGCGUGUACGGCGGCUUCCAGGACACGGCUCACGGCCCCGACGGCACCACGUACGCCCUCGGCACGUUCCCCAGCAGCAUCAUCCGCGUCAGCCCUGACGGCUCCGAGGCCGUCCCGUGGUACCUCAAGUCGCCGGCCAACCACUCCAUCCAUGGACUCUCCGGACUCGUCUCCUCCCCCGACGGAAAGGCGCUCCUCGUUGCCGAUAGCUCGGACGGCCAACUCUACCGGUUCGACACCACCAACGCCACGGCCUCAACACCGGUCCGAGUCCCUCUCACCUCGGCGGACACCAUCGGCGCGGCGCUCGACGGCGUUUCGAUCCCAGCUCGGUACAACGGAACCGUCAUCCUCGUCUCUGACAACGAAAAGGGAACGGUGGUCCUGCACUCGGCCGAUGCCAAAUGGAAGUCUGCUGCUGUCAUCGGAACCGUGCCCAACGCAUACUUGGCCGAUGGAGGCUCGACUGUGACGACUGUGCAGAUUGGUGGCAGCGUCUACUCCGUGACGGAGUACUUUGGGGAUGCCAAGGUCGCGGGAACGCUGGCUGGCAACCGAACGCAGUGGCCGCUGGUUGAUAUCACCGCAAACAUCAAUGGGUUCCUUGCUGGUCAGUAA